AGUUUGUCCCUGUUACCAAGGAUGCACUUUUCCUUGGCUUCAAAUCAAAGUCUUCCUUUCUUCAUUCCUCAUCUCACUCCCACAAAUCCCAACCCCACCACAGAAGAGGAGGAGGAGGAGGUUCAUCAAUGGCGGAUUCCACCACCCUCCACCCCAAAUCCACCUCACGGAUCCAACCAAAACCCAUCAACCAAGGUAAGUCUUGCUCAGGUUUCCUCUUCAAAGUUCUAUUCUUAGCACUGUUAGUCCUUGUUCUUCCACUGUUUCCUUCACAAGCUCCUGAAUUUGUGAGCCAAACCGCGCUCACUAAGUUCUGGGAGCUUCUUCACCUUCUCUUCAUUGGCAUUGCUGUGACCUAUGGUCUGUUUAGUAGAAGAAAUGCAGAGUUAGAUUCACAUGUAGAAACCCACUCUAGUGAUGGUAGUUCACCUAGUUAUGUGUCUAAAAUGUUUCCGGGUUCCGCGCUUUUCGGUGAUGGGGGUGAAAAUUCAUCUGGGUUUGAUGAGAAGAGGGUGAUGCAUUGUUGGGAUCCUCCUCAGAACUAUGAUGGGGAGCAGCCAGGUGGGGUGUGUUCUAAUGUUGGGGGUACUGUUGGUGUUUUUGAUGAACAGUACAAACCCCAAUUGCCAAUUCCUGAAGAUAAUUUUGGUUUUCCGUUUAGAUAUGAUGGGAAUGGGACCAAUGUUGUUCAAGCUUGGAAUUCUGAGUAUUAUCAUAGUGAGCCAGUGGUGGUUGUUGCUCAACCAUAUGUCUCUGCUGGUGAAUCUGGUGAGGUUGUUGGUCAUAAACCACUAGGUUUACCGGUUCGCAGUUUGAGAUCGGUUGCAAGAGAAGGGGAUGGUCCUAACUUCAUCAAUGAGAGUGAUUCCAGUUCAGGUUCAAGGGCUUCAUCUAAGAGCUCUGAUAAGAGCAGAGGUAAUAGGGAGUUUGGGGAUCUUGGUCCUUCUAAUCUGGAGAAACAAUUUAAUGAUGCUGCUGCUGUUGGUGGAUCAGCAUCCCCGAUUCCCUGGCGUUCGAGGGGUGGAAAGAUGGAAAGGGAGAAAAGCUAUGGCAAUGUAACUCAUCCUUCACAUUUUAGGCCUCUUUCGUUUGAUGAAGCAGUUGGUUCUUUACAGUCUACAACAUCUUUCUCUCCCCACAGUAGUAUGUAUUCUUCCUUGGAUUCGAUUUCAUCAGAUAAAAUGAACGUUCAAGGGGAAGAAAUGAGGCAAAUGGAAGGUUACUAUGUGCCUGCUUCAGAAAAUAUGAAUUUCCAAGAGAAAGAUGUGGGAAGAAAGAAGACAUCCUAUGUGCCUCCCCCAGAAAGUAUCAAUUUCCAAGACGAAGAUAUGGAACGAUGGAAGGCUUCCUAUUUGCAUGCUUCUGAGAAAAUGAAUUUCCUAGAGAAAGACAUGGGAAGAAAGAAGGCUUCCUACGUGCCACCUCCAGAAAUUAUCAAUUGCCAAGAGGAAGAUAUGGAACGAAUGAAGACUUCCUAUGUGCCCACUUUCGAAAAAAUGAAUUUCCUAGAGAAAGAUAAAGGAAGAAAGAAGGCUUCCUAUGUGCCUCGUCCAGAAAAUAUCAAUUUCCGAGAGGAAGAUAUGGAACAUAGGGAGACUUCUUUUGUGCCAGCUUCUGAAAAUACUAAUUUCCAAAAGAUAGAUAUGGGAAGGAAGAUUUCCCGAGGGCGAAAUAGGAGGAUAUCUGCUAAAGGAAAAUAUGCUGAUGUUUCUAAUCCAUCACAUUUCAGGCCAAUUUCAGUUGAUGAAACUCAACUUGAAGCACUCAGCUCACAGUGUUUCCAGUCUAUGGGAUCUUUUUCUUCCCAAAUGAGAAUGAAUUCUUCCUUGGAUUCAAUUUCGCCGGAUAAUAUGGACUUCCGAGAGGAAGAUAUGAGACAAAAGAAGACUUCCCCUAUGCAUGCUUCAGAAGAUAUGAGUUUCCAGGCAGAAGAAGUGGGAGACAACAACACUUCCUAUGUGCAUGCUUCAGAAAAUGUGAAUUUCCAAGAGGAAGACAUGGGACACAAGAAGAGUUCCUAUGCGCAUUCUUCAGAAAAUGUAAAUUUCCAAGAGGAAGAUAUGGGAUACAAGAAGAGUUCCUAUGUGCAUUCUUCAGAAAAUAUGAAUUUCCAAGGGGAAGAUAUGGGACAAAAGAAGAGUUCCUUUGUGCAUUCUUCAGAAAAUGGGAAUUUCCAAGAGGAAGAUAUGGGACACAAGAAGACUUCCUAUGUGGCUGCUUCUGAAAAUGUGAAUUUCCGGGAGGUGGAUUUGGGAAAGAAGAUUUCUCAGGUGUCUUCAAUGAAUCUAAUGAUGGAAACUAAAGGAAAAUAUGCUGCUGUUUCUCAUCCUUCACAUUUCAGGCCGAUAUCUGGUGAUGAAGCUCAAUUUGAAUCACUUGGCUCACGGUCUUUCCAAUCUGUGGGAUCUUUCUCAUCUCAGACGAGUUCACGCUCUUCCUUAGACUCUGUAUCAUCAGAAAAUAUGAACUCGCCGAACGAAGAUUUAGGGGAAAAGAAGAGCUUGCAUGGGUCUUCUUCUUCUUCUUCAAGUUCACCAUCACUUUUGGCUAGAAGGAAUGGGGAAGCUUCAUUGCAAUCACUUCAAGAUGGUACAUAUAAAAUCAGUAGCAUGCUCCAUGAUGAUCUGAACUGUGGACUGAAUGAUGAAUUGAGCGGCUCGAGCGGGACAGGAGGUGAGGAUCGUCCCGCACACAAGAAGGAGUCAGGGAAGCAUGCUUUCCAGUCAGAUCCGGAAAAGCCGGCAAGGCUACCUAAAACUCCAUCACGGGGGAAAUCAGUAAGAACAAGAAGAGAGAGUGGGUCGACUUCAGGGACAAUGAGAAUAGGAGAAGUAUCUACCAAGCAAACUGAUGAAAAGGUUGAAAAGAAGCCUUACAAUGUUGAUACAGUGUUGAAGAAAGAUAGAAUGAAAAGUGAAGAACCAGAACUUCUAUCCAAAGGAGUCAGUAAGAAUUCUCUGGAUUCCUAUUCUUCUAAGCCUGAGGUUACACUUUCCAAACAUAUGAAGAGAGAUAAACUAGAGCCAUUCAAGAAUGUACCUAAGGAAGACUCGGAUGAAGAUGAUGGGGAGGUGUCUGAGUAUGUCAAUGAUUCAGGACUAGAUUCUGAGGUGGAUAGGAAAGCUAGUGAGUUUAUAGCCAAGUUCAAAGCUCAGAUCAGGUUUCAGAAAGUGGGAUCAAUUGAAAGCUCAAAGGAUCAAAAGACCAUUGGAAACAAUGUUAGGUGAUUAUUUGUAAACUAUUGUACUAUUUCUAACCAGAUGAAUAUGAAGUUCAUCAGAGAUCUUAUAAUUAUUCUAUUUCAUUGAGCUUUCUUCAUUUUAGGAGAUUUGAUUUCUUUUUAUGCUUUGUAUAACCGGUGAAGUUCAAAUUAUUAUUUUGUGGCAGCAGGUAUUCCACUUAUUUA